CUGUCGCUGUCAGUGUCAACGCAGAUUUUCCACCAUCAGCAUCGUGAAAUUCGCAAAACCCAUCAUUGAAAUCAAUCAGUCGUCCAGUGGUAGUGGCUUUUCCUCAUCCGUCGUGAUUGCGAUUUUUUUCGUCGUGUUAUCGCCGAGGUGGUGUGUCCAAAUGCAUCGAGCCUAGUUUUCCCUUGACGAAGUAAUAUACGGUUCUCCAUUAUGUCUCUUGGUGCGUGAUCGGAUUAUCGACAGUGGCAAAUCCGUGUUGGAACGCGUUCUUCGAUGAAGUCGUACUCGAGGGAAGGAAAAGUGUUUUUGUGAAGUACCUACUCUGCUACUUGGCGAAGAAGAAAGACACUCAAUUGUGGAAUAUUUUCCCGAUAAGAAAAAGAAAAAAAAAUUGGUUAUCAUCGGACUGCAGUGAGUCAUCAUUAUUGUGCUCUUAUCCGGAGGAUUUCUGAGGGCACCAGUGGAUGAUCUUUGCGCAAUAUAUUAUUGUUAGUUUGGGGCAAGAAUAAAAAUGUUGCGUAGCAAUUAAUCGGACAGAAACUGGUGCUCAGAAAGUGGGUGCAACUGUUGGCGAAAACCUAAGGAGGAGGUGGAGUUGAUUUUUUAAGUUUGGGGAAGAGAAAGGAAGAAAGAAGGUCAUACGGACAGAAAGAAGAAAACAAACAGUGGAAAAAGAGAAACAGUUCAACAUACGAGCAAACAUAAAAAGAACGAGGGCGCUAGCAGCAACAGAGCUGAAGCACACAAAUCCAAAGACAUUUGCGUGGAAGCUUGCUGGAGUUUGAUUUGUUUUCAAGACUGGAUCAUUAGGGAGGACGGUAGAAAUGAAAAAGUUUAUCUCCAAGUUCGAGAACAAAAAUGAGGCAACUCCGAGCAAGGAAACGAAUAGUUUUGUUGGCAAGACAUUUAAGUUGAGCAAAGACAAUGUAGUGACUGUCGAGGAAGUUCUUGCAGAGGGUGGAUUCGCUGUGGUGUUUCUAGUCAAGGGCCACAAUGGCCAAAGAUACGCGUUGAAGCGGUUGUAUGUAAACAACGAACAUGAUUUGGGAGUGUGCAGUCGGGAGAUAAAGAUAGCCAGUAAUCUUAGUGGCCACAAGAACAUAAUCGGAUACAUUGACCAUAGCAUUAAUCCCAAAGGUAAUGGAGUCCACGAGAUUUUGUUGUUGAUGCCUUACUGCAAGACCAAUUUGCUCACACUGAUGAAUGCUAGGAUUCCAAAUGGUUUCAGUGAGCAAGACGUUCUGCAGAUAUUCUGCGACGUAGCAGAAGCCGUUGCUCGGUUGCACCAAUGCCAAACUCCUAUCAUACACCGGGAUUUGAAGGUGGAAAACAUCCUUCAAAAUGAUAUAGGGAACUUCGUUCUGUGCGACUUUGGCUCAGCUACUGCUCGGGUAUUAAAUCCCAAUACUCACGGAAGAACAUUGGUGGAAGAAGAGAUACAAAAAUAUACAACACUCUCCUAUAGAGCCCCUGAAAUGAUUGAUCUAUUCUUGGGACAAGAUAUUACUGUAAAGGCGGAUAUAUGGGCACUAGGAUGUCUUCUCUACAAACUGUGUUUUUUUACGUUGCCUUUCGGGGAGAGCGCUCUUGCUAUUCAAGGUGGACACUUCAGUAUACCAGAUAAUUCUAAGUAUUCCAGAGAAAUCCAUCAACUCAUUAGGUAUAUGUUGGAAACGGACAUAGAGAAGCGUCCAAACAUCUAUCAAGUGUGUGAAGUCGCAUUUAAAAUCGCAGGCAGAACUAAUCCAGUGAGAAACCUUACCAAAUCUACGGUUCCUGGUGUGGAAUUCCUAAUCGUUCCUCCUUAUGAAAGCGAAACAAAGCGCAUUCCAUCCGCUACAGGUGCAAUUUCGAAAACAACGAAACAACCGAUCAGCUCCGGUCUGGAAGGUGGCACAUCGGUCGCUCCUCGGCAGAGACCCAAGGCAUCUCAAACGGCAGCCAACAACAGUUUUUCCUUAGGACUUCCUUUAAAUCCUUCUCCUAAGAAUAUUCUAUCGUCGCCAGUUCCUGGUGCAGCUCCAUCGAUCCCGCUCGAUCAACCCGGCCCUCCCGUGACUGCAGCCCCAACAGAGCCUUUCGUUGCAAAAUUUAGUGCUAACUUUCCUCCACCACCAGCGCAGGAAAUCCAAAGUAGUAACCUAUUUCAAUCAACUUAUCCAGAUCCGUUCCGAGAAGUGGACUCUCAAGAGCUUGGUACUCCCCACGCAGUGCACCCAGAGCAGAACGUACCGGUACACGAUACUUCGGCAUCUUCAUCCGUUCUGCAAUCCCCUAGUCACGCCUCCGCGUCAUCGCAGUCCGACACUCCACUCGGUACCGGAACUAGUUCUCUACUCCCUUCGAAACAGCCUAUAGUCGGCCACCGUCGCAACAUGAGCGAUACGUCUGCAUUCAACAAAGCAUACACCACGGAAACCUCCCAGUUCCUGGCCCCUUACGAUGUAUCGUCAAAUAACUACCAACCCCCACAAAGUACGUUGGGCAGCAACGGAUCCGAGCAGAACCUUCACUCCAUUCCGGUCACUUUGGAAUCACGGUCUUCGAACCCUCAACUAAACCCAACCGGAAUCGCAACCCUGAAACAGCAACCAUGGAACCCUUUCGGUGAUCCAACGCCUUUCAGCCAGAUGACAGAAGAUCACAUAUUUGGUGAGGAGUUUGACAAAAUACGACAACAGGGCUCGCAGGGUAGUCUAAAAACACCACCGGAAUCAACUUCUCGGCAUCCGUCACUGCCCCAGGUCCAACCUAUUAUGACUCAGCCUGUUCCCGCGCUACCGCUCCAAUCACAAUUCUCCCCGGAGAACAUUCCUCCGGAUACUCCGGAGGACGAUCCUUUCAGCUCAGCGCCAUUUUCUUUGCCCGUCCGAGACAAGAACCGUUCACUCAAGCUUGGUUCCAAGAAAGUCAUCGUCAUCGAUGGGGGUUUCUCCACCCAACUAGCCACCCACGUCGGACAGUCCAUAGACAAGGAUCCUUUAUGGAGCUCGCGAUACAAUGCCACAAAUCGUGGCGCCGUUAUGGCAACGCACAUGGAUUACCUAAGAGCUGGGGCUGAUUGCAUCCUCACCAACACUUACCAGGCCUCUAUCGAAGGUUUCAUGGAUUUUCUUGAUCUAAGCGAAGAGGACAGUAUCAACUUGAUUAAAUCUACGGUCGACCUGGCGAAAAUGGCACGGACCCAAUAUCUCGAGGAAAAAAGGGACAAUAAAUCCCACAAAAUUCCGUGGGUUGUUGGCUCGAUCGGUCCCUAUGGAGCUCAUCUUCAUGAUGGAUCUGAAUAUACUGGAAGCUACGCCGACACGGUCCCAUUCGCACGGAUUCAGAAUUGGCACCGGCAGCGAAUCAACGCGGUUAUCGAGGCGGGUGUUGAUGCUCUGGCAAUCGAAACAAUCCCCUGCCGGAUGGAAGCGGACGCGCUGCUAGAACUGAUGACGGCCGAACAUCCAACGAUUCGGUUCUGGAUUUCCUUCCAGUGUAAGGAUGGAUCCACGUUGGCACAUGGAGAAAGUUUCGCCGAAACGGCAAUCGGAUUGUGGAGUAAGGCUCGUGCUUUAAAAAAUCCUAAUUUGCUUGCGGUAGGAGUGAACUGCGUUCAUCCACAGUAUGCCAUUCAGUUACUGAAAGCAGUCAAUGACCGGAGGCCGGACGAGGACAAGAUACCAUUGAUAGUGUAUCCCAACUCGGGCGAAAUAUGGAGCGCAGGGAUGUGGACAGGGCAGGACGACUGCAUUCCUCUGGAGACUUACGUACCACAGUGGAUCGAACUUGGGGCGAAGUUCGUCGGAGGAUGCUGUCGGACCAAUGCGAGAGACAUCAAGCGCAUCAAGAAAACGGUGAUCAAUCUGUACGGUGGUCGGAGUGCAUAGGAGCAGGAGAACGAUGACACCGAGGAAGCUGCUGGCAAGCUAUGAUCGGACGGUCGUCAAUCUUCUUCUUGUUGAAGCGCCAUUGUAUUAACAAUCGACAAUAUCGUGAACCAUGAGGGCUACUGUAGUCUGUCUGAGCAAUUUCAAUGAAGUGAGUCUAAAGCAUAACACCAAGGGGUUCUACAGAAGAUAUAUGUAGCAGGUAUUACUUAAAAUAACAAUAACUUCACGAUGUUAGUGAUCGCCGAUUGGUAGUAUUCAAAAAUGAGUUAUUGCACUGCUAUUUACCAUCACCUGAACAGAGCUGUUAGUAUUAAUUGAUUAAAGGUUAGUACAUUAAUCAAUGCACAUAAAAAUGACACGCCACCGAAGCGGUGUGGCGUAGUGAAGAUGCCGAUAUGAAUAUGGUGUGACAGUUAAAGUAAAAUUGGGGAAGCCUAUUUCGAUAAGAUUAGAUUCACAUUGUCCUACAUCACAGACGUCGGGAGAAUGGCACAAUGUGAAUUAAACCUUAAGUAAAGCAACGUCGAGUGUGAUUGUAGAGCAUCCGAAAGCUAUAUUUUUCGUAGGAAAAAGAGAUGCAAUAAUUAGUGUACAUAUGCUUAUAUACAUAUAUGAAUUAUUACAAAUGCAGAAGUAAACCAUAUAUUUACACAUUUGUUGUUCCUGUUUUAUGACACUUCCGCGUUCUGUCACUAGAAAUCGUUAUAAACAAAAAAAAAACAUCAUGAUACUGUCCAAUGAAUAGUAAUGUGUCUCCCCUCAUCGGGUCAUAUCAUCGCCAUUAUGUACGCAACAUAAAGGAAAGGUUCGUCAUCUAUUUAUGGAUUUGAUUAGAUUUCAUGACAAACAAGCCUUUCUUCUCAAGUAUUAUUUAAUUCAUUCAAUAGAUAGUCCCUGUAAACUAUGAAAUCUUUCAUAGUUGUAUAGCCUCUUUUGUGUGGAAAUUGGCCUAUGAAUUAAUUUAUUUUGUAACCAUAAUCGCAAAUUAUUUUGCGCAUUUUCAGCGAAACAUUGCAAUAUUCCCGAGAUUAUUACCUUCAAAACUUGCAUCGUUCUGAUACUUAAUCGUGUAUGUGCACUAUUUGUAUCAUUGAUCAUUAUGCCAUGUUUGUUAUUAUGUUAUUUUCUCUUUGAACCAUUAUUCUGUCACGCAAAAUUUUCAAUCCCCAACAAUCCUCCAGAAUUUAGAUACCUAUAUUAUGAUUGACAUAUGCAAAUAAUUUAAUAUUCUAACUUCCUUCGGUUCAUGUAGAUAUGUUUUUAUCAAUCCAGUUCUAUUUGCUGGAUUUUCACAUUUGCCUGUGUUAGUUGAAAGAAUGGCUAAUUGUCUUUUCAAGCUUUUUUAGCUGAUUUACUACGCGCUUGGAUCUUUUUCCAAUUACGUGCUUGUAGAUCUAGAGAUCUUCACCGUUGAAUGCUAUACAUCUCGUCUUAUAAGCAAAGUGACCAUUCAACACGAACGGAACAAGAACCAGAAUGAUGUUGAUGACCCAGUACAAUGUCUGCUAUCAUUACCAAAAUAAUUUGAAAGGAGUAGUCAAUCGUAUUAUCUGGUUAUUAUCGGGCGAUUGAGAAAUUGUGCAAUCAGAUUCUUUCUUACAGCAUAUCAUAAUUUCAGUAAAUGUAAUUGUGUCGAUUAUAUAAUCCGGUCACUUAUCACCGUUCAUUAUUUUCGUUUAUCUCUGUUCAUACCCAUACGUCCCUUUCUAGUCUUAGUUAUCCCUGAAAUUAGUAUGUUAUAUGUAUUACACCUGUAUAAGCCGCACCAAUAUGAGCCACGUCCGUUCAGAGGAUUCAAAUACGUUUGAAAACGUGAUUGCGUUGUUAUAGUUCUUACUGCACCAUUUCAUGGUGUUAGUUGUUUUGUUGAUCGCAUUUGUUUAGUUUUGUAAUUUUUUCUUUAGGUUAUACCACUGUAAAUAUUUCUUUUCAAUAAUUUAUAAAUAGGAAUAUGUUUUCAUUUUUCUCCUCAAAUCAAAUCACAGUGUGAUAUAUGUAGCAGAGACAUUGGAAAUCACAAAAUAGAUAUUUAUACACAAUAGCCACGAUAGCACUAUAUGUCAUCGCUGCUGCAAACAAGAUUCAAUUGUCAUGCAAAACACACCAGAUAAGGCUUGUGGUCAACAUUCGAAUUUGUUGGUGACGGAAUUUAAUUGAGCUCAAUCGAAGAUAAGAGACAAGCCAUCACAUAUAUCUUCUAUUCCUUAUCGAGAUAAAGCUAAUUACAUAAAUGAUACAUAAAUCGAUAAAAAAAAUCUAAAGUGCUGUUAUACAGAAACUGGCGAACAUCAUUUUAAUCUUCUUAGUGUGUAUGAACAGUUCUGCGAAUUCCUAAUCCCUUCAUAUCUAGACCAAAUAAUUGGAUUGCCCUAGUUUCAAUUGAUCUACAAAUCAGGAACAAAAUGUUUAAAAUAAAGUACCCCUUACGCUAUCAUUAAAUGCCAUCGCAAAAGCGUUGGUGAUAUUCACAUAAGGAAGAUGACAGCUUGGGCAAGUUUUGUUUUAUUGGCAGGGGGUUUUCUCAGACCUACUUAUAAUAAAUUUGACUAUUUUUUUUGUACCUACAGCAAAUUUUUUUCGCCUAAUUUUGAAGUUUGUUCAACAAAAACCCCAAUGUCAAGAAAAGAAAAAAGCCAAAGCCUUCAUUUUCCCUACAUAUUGUUGCUAAUUGCGGCAAAUUCCUUAUUAACUAAAGAUUUUGAUAUAUUGAAUUGCAACCAAUCGCGUUGAAAGAUACCCUACCCUAAAAUUAUCCAUACACUCUGAUAUAUUAUUUGAGCGAAUCGACAUUUUGACAUCGAAACAGCCCAAAAUAACAUGAAUAUCGAUAAACAG